CUAACGACUGAGUUCCUUGAACGUGGUAAGCCGGUCCUGUACAGUUCCCUCAUGUCCAACAGCGCUCCCAACCAACGGCUGAACCGGCAAAGCAGCCUUCGCAAACGCAACCAGCACAGAGUGCUGAGGUGCUUCUUCCUGAAGCAUGGAAGCAGUCGCUGCCCAAGGAGCAGCAUGAGUGGAUCGCCAGGGCACUGUUCAUCAGGAACAGGAUUGGGAAGCUGGAGCUGACCUCGGACCUGCGUCUGUGGUGGUUCCCUCCCCAGCCCCGGCUGAUCCACAAUCAGCCUCCGGCAUCGCCAGGCCCCUUCUUCUGCCGUCCUCUGUUUCUCUGGAUGCCCUACCGCAUGUGGGCAUUCAAGCUGACGUGCACCCAGCCCGAGUGCCUCGGCCACAAGCUGACUGGCGCCGGGCUGUACAAGACCGUCCGGAGGGUCUUGAGCAUUGACGGUUGGUACGACAUGGCCACGGAGUACCUGGAGUGCCGUCAGUGCAAGAAGAAGGUGGCUGGCUGGUCCGGUCAUGUGCUGAAUCAGCUGGAUCCAGCUCAUCGGAGCCUCUUCCCGGCGAUUCUCACGUACCGGCUGUCUUGCGACAUGAGGGUGCUGAGGCUGAUGCGGGAGCGCACUCUGGGAAACAGUGCCACCCAGCUGUACAAUACGCUGUGCGAACAGCACAGCGAGGCCUGGAUGCAGCGGUCCCUGCAGUACCUCGCCGAGUUCGAGCCCUUCCUGGCCCAGGGCAUCGUGCAGCCUAACAUCAUCGCACCCCCUCCCAUGCUGCCGGUGCCCAGACCCCGAUGGCUGCUGAGAGUGUACAGCUACGACGUCCUCUCGCGGCUUGAAGAGGUCAAGGCCAGGGUCACCUCCACGUUCGGGUCCAUCCUGAAAAUUGACUCGACCAAGAAGGUGACAAAGAAGCUCGCGGGUGCUGCUGCCGGCACGGCUGCCUGGUCCACCAACGUGGGGAACGAGUUUGGGCAGGUCCUCAUGUCCGUGCUGACCUCGCACGAGGGUGAGGGCCUGCUCCCCAUGGCUAGCGGGCUGAUGCAGCGGUACCAGAAAGCUGGCGAGGCUCCCCCUAAGCUCCUCUACGUGGACCGCGACUGCUGCUCCCUUGGCGGGGUGUUGAAGGCUGCUGCCAUGUUCCCGGAGUGGGACCAGCUGGUCGUCCGGCUCGACGUGUGGCACCUGAUGCGCCGGUUCGCAGCAGGCUGCACCACGGAGAGCCACCAGCUGUACGGCACCUUCAUGGGGCGGCUGUCUGCCUCCAUCUUUCAGUGGGCCGAGGAGGACGUUGCCCUGCUGAUGGAGGCCAAGCGGUCGGAGCUCGAGGGGAAGCGGCGGGUGUUCGGCCUGACGGACGCCGAGGUCUCGCGCCGCAUCUCCAAGAAGGAGCUGGCUCUCCACUGUCGCCGCCGGACUCGGGGAGCGGAGGAGACGGCACGGCUCUUGGCGGAGCUGAUUGAGACCUUCGACGGCGAGAAGGGUCUGGACACGAUGGGCAUCCCGCUGCUGGACCACGACCGCAUCCAGGCCAUCAGGCUGGUGCAGAGACGUCACCUCCAAUGCAUCCAGGACCCCCCAGGUGUACAGCUGUACACCAAGAUCGGGCAGCUCAAGAAGGGAGGCGUGACGCUUCCGGUCUACCGCUGCGCGCGCGGAUCGACUUCCUUGGAGUCUUUCCAUCUCCACCUCAACCGCUUCAUCCCAGGUAAAUAA